UUGAGCUCAGCUGAGUCAUUUAUCCCGGAUGUCUUAAUUCUACUUUUGUGCAACAGGCCCCUGAUUACGUGUGGCUGUUGUCAUUUGGUCUGAAAACAAUACAAAGCAGGGAAUAUAAAAAAUAUAUGCAAGGAGUAAGUUGCCCUAUAUAACGAACACCAGACUCAACCAAAGGAUCCAGAGUACCACAAAAGACUGGGGGCCCCGUUUGAAUUGAUAUAAUCUCUGAUCAAACAUAAUUGGAUAGGUGAAAACAUAUACAUUUAGAAUAUAUAUGGCGGUUGGUGAAAGUAAAGAUUCCAUUACAUUGCUUUAAAACAGAGGUAGGUUUAGUGCUGGAAAUGUGGGAAAAUAAUACAUGUACGUGCAUGUUUCAAUAAACCAUUAGGUGGCGAUAUAACAUCUGAAAUGAAGUAAUAUUAGCAGAGACUAGAUAGUUCUUAUUAUACCUCAAUGGACUAGAUAGCUGCCAGCUUCUUAUUUUCCCGAGUUCCCAAUUACCUUGAAUGCACUGAAGUCAGAGAUUUCCGAGUUCCUAGUAGUUAUCUAGGUAUCUAAUGCCACGUUCAAAACAACUGGGAGCUCGGAACUCCAACAUUUCCGACUUCAGUGCGUUCAUAACAUCUGGAAAUUACGACCUCCGACUGGGAAAAAUCGAUUUGAACGGUCAUCCAUCUUUCUAGAGCUCAGACUUUCCGACCUGAAGAUCACUGACGUGAUGAUUUACCUCGUAUUUUUCCGAGUUCCCAGUUGUUUUGAACGCGGCAUAAUGGGGUCAGUGCGUCACACUUCUGAACAUGGGCAAACGUGAGCUAGCAGGUUAACAAGCCAAAGUACCUGGCUAAUGACACGCUUAUCGUUCAUUUAAUAGGAACGUCUAAGCAUUGCGGAUGUCAAGGUCACCACGAUGGAGCAGAAAAAGAUGACACCUUCAUCUAGAGUGAUAAAGGCAUUCUGAGGAAGUGUCUGGCCCAAGGGCAUGUUGAGACGUCUCACCAGGCCAGAGCAGAGGCGUCUUGGUGGGGCAGACGGGGCCUGAAGGAGGGGAGGACAGACUGGGAGGACCAGAGAGAGAGACAUGGGCCAGUGCGUCACCAAGUGUAAGAACCCAUCGUCCUCGCUCGGCAGCAAGAGUGGCGACAAGGAGCCAGGGUCCAAAUCCCACCACAAGAAAGGUGGGGGCACGGGAGGAGGAGGGCACAAGGAGGAGUCCGGCACCGUGUGCAGCAAGGCCUCCAGCGAGCUCAUGUUCAACGGCACCAAGACCGCCGUGGAGGUUACCGUGGAGACCACGGUGAUCCCUGCGUCGGCCAUGAUGGGGGACCUGAGGAAGGAGGACCGCUCGGUGGCGGAUGGGGAGGGGCCGUCCUUGCCGCGCAUCGAGGAGCUCUUCUGCUGCUACAAGGACCCGCAGGAGGAUGCCAUCUUGGAGGAGGGCAUGGAGAGGUUCUGCAACGACCUGUGCGUGGACCCCGCCGAGUUCCGCGUGCUGGUCCUCGCCUGGAAGUUCCAGGCGGCCACGAUGUGCAAGUUUACAAGGAAGGAGUUUGUGGACGGAUGCAGGGCGAUCCAGGCGGACAGUCUGGAGGGCAUCUGCUCCCGGUUCACCUGCAUGCUGCUGGAGGCACAGGGCGAGGAGAGCUUCAAGGACCUGUACCGCUUCACCUUCCAGUUCGGCCUGGACGCCGAGGAGGGCCAGCGCUCGCUGCAGCGCGACAUCGCCAUCGCUCUGUGGCGCCUGGUCUUCACGCAGGACAUGCCAGCCAUCCUUGAGCACUGGCUGGACUUCCUGGGCGAGAACCCGUCGGGCGUGCGGGGCAUCUCGCGGGACACCUGGAACAUGUUCCUCAACUUCACACAGGCCAUCGGGCCGGACCUGAGCAACUACAGCGAGGACGAGGCCUGGCCCAGCCUCUUCGACACCUUUGUGGAGUGGGAGAUGGAGCGCAGGAAAAAGGAGGAGCAGGAGGAUCAGAGGGCAGAAGAGGAGAGGGGAUGCACUGAGACCGAGGGCUCUCCCUCUAGCACAGACAGACUUGAAACAGAGGGCGAAUGGGGCUCACAGACCUGGGUGGGCCACUGACUAUGGAAAUCUGGGAAGGAAGGAAGGUCGGGGUGGGUGGGUGGGUG